UUUCUUCCCCAGAAGUAGUCUGGGGCGGAAGCCAUGAUUGUUGUCCUUCCCUGUGCCUCUCAGGAACGUCUACAGGCUGAACGGCACACAGUUCUGCCUGCAUGUCUUUGACAAUAUUUUUCACGAUUCUCCUCUCCCCCCUUCCGAAUGCAGAUUAACAGGUAUGCCAAAGGAAAAAUAUGAUCCUCCAGAUCCUCGGCGAUUAUACACCAUCAUGUCGGCUGAAGAGGCGGCCAAUGGGAAGAAGUCACAUUGGGCAGAGUUGGAAAUAUCUGGGAGGGUGCGUAACCUGAGCAGCUCCCUAUGGACGCUUAGCCACCUGACGGCACUGCACAUCAACAACAACAACCUGAAUCGCAUCCCGCCCGACAUUGCCAAACUCCCCAACCUGGUCUACCUGAACCUGUCAUCCAACAAGCUCCGCAGCCUGCCCGCAGAACUCGGCAACAUGGUUUCUCUCAGGGAAUUGCUUUUGAACAACAAUUGUUUACGAGUUUUGCCUUAUGAACUUGGUCGGUUGUUUCGCUUACAAACCCUGGGUCUGAAAGGUAAUCCCUUAUCCCAAGACAUCCUUAACCUGUAUCAGGAGCCAGAUGGAACGAGAAAGCUUUUGAACUACAUGCUUGACAAUCUAGCAGUCCAUCCAGAACAGCUUCCUCAAAGACCGUGGGUUACUUUGAACGAGCGAGAUCCGUUGGCUUCCUCAGCUGUGUUCACUGUCAUGAGCUACAACGUCCUGUGUGACAAGUACGCCACUAGGCAGCUGUAUGGGUACUGCCCUUCCUGGGCCCUGAACUGGGAGUACCGCAAGAAAGGCAUCAUGGAGGACAUCACCAACUGUGAUGCUGACAUUAUCAGUCUGCAGGAAGUGGAAACAGAACAGUACUACGCCCUCUUUCUGGAAACACUAAAGGACCGUGGAUAUGACGGGUACUUCUGUCCAAAGUCUCGUGCCAAACUGGUGUCAGAACAGGAGCGCAAGCAUGUGGAUGGCUGUGCUGUGUUCUUCAAAGCUGAGAAGUUUUCCUUGGUGCAGAAACACACAGUUGAGUUUAAUCAGGUUGCCAUGGCAAACUCGGAAGGCUCAGAGGUCAUGUUGAACCGUGUCAUGACCAAAGAUAACAUUGGCGUCGCCGUUCUGCUGGAGGUCAACAACGAGCUCUUCUCUGGUGGUCUAAAGUCCUCACCAGACAAACAGCUCCUCCUGGUGGCCAACGCUCACAUGCACUGGGACCCGGAGUUCUCGGACGUGAAGCUGAUCCAGACCAUGAUGUUCCUGUCGGAGCUGAAGAGCAUCGCCGAGAGGGCCUCGUCCUCCGUGGGCUCGGGCUCGCCGGACUCGGACCCCGCGUGCAUCCCCAUCGUCCUGUGCGCUGACCUCAACUCCCUGCCAGACUCCGGUGUGGUGGAGUAUUUGAGCAGUGGGGGAGUGGCGGAGAACCACAAGGACUUCAAGGAGCUCCGCUACAGCGAGUGUCUGACCAACUUCAGCUGCAACGGCAAGAGCGGCAAGUCGGACGGCAGCAUCACACACAACUUCCAGCUCAAGAGCGCCUAUGAGGGCAGCCUGAUGCCUUUCACAAACUAUACCUACGACUUCAAGGGUGUUAUUGACUACAUCUUCUUCACCAAGACCCACAUGAGUGUGCUGGGCCUGCUGGGCCCACUGGAGACCCAGUGGAUGGUGGACAACAACAUCACGGGCUGCCCGCACCCCCACAUCCCCUCCGACCACUUCUCCCUGCUGGCCCAGCUGGAGUUACACCCACCCCUGCCCCCCCUCAACGGCCUACACCUGCCCGUCCACAGGUAGCGCAGAUCCCAGAUCCCAGUUAACCCUUUCUUGUACUCCGUACCCCACCUCUCUCCCAGCUACCCACCUCAUCAUCCCUUUUUGUUGACGAUACCCCCACCAAACCACUGAACAGUCAUAACAUCACAAACUCAGUCACACAUACACUAAGAGGGGAGUUAAGUCAUAUGCCUACUUUGACCCCCCCACCCCCCUUUCCUCGUUCAACCUUUGCACAAGAUUGUAACUUUUUUUCCAUUUGGGGAAAAAAAAAAAAAGAUUAAAUGCUUGAUACCAAAUUAGGGUUGGGAUCUCUCACUUACCAGACAUUUUGCUGUAGACAACAGAGCAAGACCUGUCAGUCAUUGAAUUGAUUUAGUAUAAAACCAGGCACAUUUGUACACUGUGGAUUAUUAGAAGUUAAACGUUGUGAUCCGUUUCAGUCUAUACUGGAUAACAUCACCAAGACACUCACGAAAGGAAGCCCCCUCAUAAGUGAUUUUUUUUUAAAGAAAAUGUGUUCAUCAUUGGCAUUCAGCCAUGGCCUUUAAACGUUAAAUGUUGUUCCCAGCCCUUUCCACACUGUCCUCCUUAUCAAUUUAGCUUUUAAUGUUUUCAUUUUGAAUGGAAAUGUUUUUAGAUAAGGCAACUGCUAACACAGUGGAAGUUUGACUUUCUUUAUGUGUAUGUGUUUUCUUUCUUAUGCAAUGUCAAAACAUUUCACCCACCGCUAGUACUUAACAGUAUGAGCCCUGCUCCUUUUUGUGGUUGCCAUGGAGAUUAAACAGGAUCCCAACCCUCUUGACUAAAACCCAGUUUUUGUUUGUGGCUUUUCUGCACUCUUGAGUUUGGCCCUUUUUAUGAAGGUUUCCUCAUAACCGCUUGGCUUUUAGAUUGCUUGGCAUCGUCAUGCUACACCUCUCGGGUCAAAUGAUUGGCUUUAUCACUACUGAAAUUAAUGCUUUUUGGAGUAUAUUUCAAAGGCUUCCCCCACUGACAGCUGGUGCUAAGAGAAAGACAAAAACACAGCAUAAAUGAAAUGUGUAGGAUCUGGUAGUUUCAGAAAGUCCUAGUUCAUCUGAAUCAAAUGUUUGCGCGUUCCAAGGUUACAAGAGUCCUUGUUUUUCUCUCUUGCCCAGUCAUUGUAGUUUUCCAUGCUGCUUGGCAGUUAUCACUAUGCCCAACAAAGUACCCAAAAUGUCCCUUGGUGAGAAUAUUUGAAAUCAGCAGGGCAGUGCCCUUUCCGAUUCUACUGUCUUUCAUUUACUAAGGAGCUCAGAGUGAAUUCUACAGCCAUACGUUUAAUUAUGUAAUGUCCGUAGUCAUUCUGUAUAAUCAAUUUCUCAGAUAUUACAGAAAAUAAAGAGGAUCGUAAAGGUUGCUCAAGCAGCUCACAUGUUGUUGCAGUAUUUGUGAAAUAUGUCAUUCAAUUAGUUGGAUUGUUAUGUGGACGGUGGCUGAGAAGGGACACACACCAAUGUAGUGUGUAGUGCCCUUUUGAUAGCUUGAUGUAUUUUGUUUUUUAUUUUUAUUCAAUUUGUUGCGAAAAAGGUCAAUUUUCUGGGUAUGUUGGGAGGUAAAACAUUACCUUUUCUCACCUAUGUCUUGUUAUAUUUAAUGAUGUUGUAUUGUGUGUGUGUGUGUGUGUGUGUGUGUGUGUUCAGUUUGCAAUUUAGCUUGAAAAACCAAAGUCUUCCCCUACUGGCACUGGUUUCUUCUUAACACCUGAUUGUGUGAAAUGUGAAAUGAAAUGGAUUUGAAAUGGCUUUUUGUGGUGUGCGCUGCUUGAAGUAGAGGCUUUUGCUUUUGCAACCAGCAGUAGGCCAAAGCUGCAUUUGACAAUUGUGGUUACUCACUCGUCUGACUGAAUUUUGCGUCAUCUUGAUUAACUCUUGUUCAGUUAAAUGCUAACCUUCUAGAAUCCAGAAUCUCCCUUUUGCACCUGUCAAUUGUCAGUAUUUACAAAUUAUUCAAAAAUGCAUUUAUUUCCACCCAACCGCACGUACAUUAAAGGUCACUUUUGUCAUCUGGUUAAGGACUUCUUUUGGAAAAAGAAGGUAAUCCAUAGCCCACAAUCUUUCCACAUUAUGUUUCCUCGGUCAAUGCGAUGCGAGCUGAGCUGUACAUUGUUUCACAGCAUUUAGACAGAGUAUGUCCAUCUGAUGUGGCAAGUCAGGAAUAGCAGUGGAAAGAACAAAAAAAAAAACCUCCGAGCAGCAACAGAGUCUUUUCAUCGUGUUGGGGCUCCCGCCCACCUUUUGCUGUGACACGAGCACAUGUGGUGGAGAAGUACAAGCCACCACAUCUCUUCCUCUGAGGAGAGGCUCCGCGCAAAGGUCACCCCAGCGUUUUUGAGCACGGCGUUCAGCCAGAUUUGCAUUCACAAUGGGGGACCCACAAGGUUCCGCCUUGUGAGGAAAAAUGUAACUUUUAUUUCAAAACAGCCCCUCAGUGUUGAAGAGUGGGAUGCUCGUCCCCCCCUCUCACCACCAACUGCCCCUUUCACCUUUUAUGACUAAUAGGCCAUAUGUGGUCAAACCUCAUGAAGUAACCCUAUUCAGUGAAAGUAAUGUCACGGAGUGCAAGAAAUGUGCGUAGUUCAUCCGCACGGUUUGCAAAUGUGUGAAAUAGAAGUGUGGGCGAGUACAGUUCGCAAAUGCACAUCUUCGGCGUGGAUGUCUCAAGCAUCCUUGAUAAGUGGUCAAAACUUUUUUUUAAAAGUACGAGGCGAGAAUGUGCAUUUAGUGCAGCAGCAUAUGAGUCAGACUGAAUAAGACAAGUUAGUCAGUGAAUGUCAAAUGUCCAUUGUGUAAUUGCCUUGAGAAAGUUAAAAGAAGGCAUUUCAUCCUUGUGUUGCAUCAGAUGUGUCCCUAAUGCCUUGGCUGCACCUCGUACUUAGUUGCACCAUUAGCAAUUAACAUGCAACCUUACAUUGUAUGCAACCCCAAGUAUUUACUCUGCGAUGUGGCUAUCCACUUUUGAAGUCAGUGAAGUGUAUCACACUGCAGGCAAAUUAUGAAAUAGCAUGUGCACUUUAUAUACGUGGAUGUUUAAACAAUUGUGUAUGCAUACGGACCAUAUCCUUCCAUGUGAGGAUGCCCCUGUGUUGACUUUUGUCCAGACCUGUGCCUAGUUUGUACUCUCUCCAACAGCAGCACUGCCUGUGACUCUCAGAAGCUCAAAGACUAGGCCUCCUCCAGCUGCAGAGCAGAGCCCUCCACCACCACCUCCUCCUCCUCCUCCUCUUCCUCUUCCUCUUCCUCUUCCUCCCCCAUCCGUGUGCCGUCUUAUCUGCCCAGCACCAGCAGCGAGCUGUCGGGCUGGGCUCAGGUCUCCUCCUCGAGGGAGGGACCCGGUCCAGUCCGAUUGGAACCUCCACUGCCAGCCUCAGUCUACCUGGGGCCGUACCGCAGUUACGCGUUCGUCGAAAGCCGCCGCUACCACCACCACCACCACCACCGCUGCCAUUUGCUGCCGUAGCCCUCCCUAAAGCCAGCUUUUCUGUUCUUCAACCUGAUUUCUAAGCCCUCCCCCUCUCUCCCCAUUCACAUCCCAUCCCAUCUCAUCGCAAGCUUCACCAAUGACACAGCUCCACACUGACUGGACGGAGCACUUGUAACUAUCUCAUUUCUCAUUCUUGAGAAUAUGUUCAUUGUUUUUCCAACGUCAGUGGUGAAGAGUUAAAAGAUCGCAAUGACUAAUCAGUCUGUCAGGCUUUAUCCCAGCAAGCAUGGCUGUUGAAGGAUGAAUUAGUUAUGUUGUUUGAUGGUUUUUAAAAAUCCAGACUUUUUGUUGAUUUUGGCUCCUUUUUGUUUUGUAUCUUUUACGUGUGGAUCUCCUUGGGGCAAAGAACUUCUUCUGUCAUUACUGCACGUGUUGCGUUUUCUUCACCCGUUAUGACUGAUCGUGUUAGUUAGUCAGCACACCCCUCGGCGUAACGUGGGGAAUUGCAUUGAAAUGAGUUGCAAAGUCAGUUUGGGAGAAGUAACGUUAUGCCCCAGACGUGUUUUUAAUUGAGUUUGUAAACAAACAAACAAAGAAGAAAUAUAUCUGGUUGUUAACCUCAAGCACAGCCCUUGUCAAUGGCUCAUGAAUUCAACAUUUUGUCAGCAAAAUGCAAUAAAAUCAAAACUCAGUGUUGCAGCUGAUGUACAGUAUACUGAUGUACAAUUAGGAACUCUUGGUCUUUGCAGCAAUGGAAAAAAAUCAUAUGAAAUUAUAAUGAUAUUGUUCUGUACGCGUCCAUACAUUGCUAUUCUGGCUAGCACAGUGUGUUAGCCUGAGUAGCUCGUUGCAGCAGCAGUAGGCAGCCAGGCCCCGGAGCCCAGCCAGCUGUGUGGUGUGUUGCUGAGCUCAUUGACUAGCAACAGGGACACCACGUGCUGACCACUUACUCUGCCUUUCAAUGUCAAUGUGAACUCCACACACACGCGAGGUCUGUAAAAGUGCUGACUUUUUAUAUAUGACACACCCAAUUGUUUUGAAUGAUCAGCAACAAGUUAUGGAUCACAUACUGCAAGGACAGUGUUUGUCAUUGUCCCCUGUCAUGAAGGCAAUAAAAUUGUCUUUGUAAAAAAAAAAAAACAAUUGGUCUUGUGA